UUGCUCGUGGCAAAAUUAUACAUCAUGCUACCGUUGUCAGGGAGGUUGGUGUUAUAACUACUUUAACUUUUGAAGUUACUCCUGAGAUGUCUCCAUCAUCUCGUCUGAUUGUCUAUUACAUUACUGAUGCUGGUGAUGUUGUGUGUGAUGCUAUCUGGUUGGACAUAAAAGAUGAAUGUGAAAAUAGGUUAAGUGUUAGAGCAAACCGAGCUGAAUAUGAACCAGAUAGUGAUGCAGUGAUUACUGUUACUGGAGAUCCUGGUACUUUUGUUGGUGUCCUAGCAGUUGAUAAGGCAGUGUACUUACUGAAUGAUGAACAUAAACUUACCGCUCAAAAGAUGUUUCAAAGAAUGGACAAAUUUGAUCUUGGUUGUGGGCCAGGUGGUGGUAGAAAUGCCAAGGAGGUAUUUGAGGAUGUUGGUCUGUUAGUGAUUACCAAUGCUGGCUUAGAAACUGAGAAGAGGGAAAGUUAUGGUUGUAAUGCUGUUGCUGCUGCUAGAAAGAAAAGAUCUCUGCUCAGUGAUGCUGAAGAGUAUACUGGAGUGUUGAGAAACUACUGUGAGGAAGGCCAGAUACGUACUAGAACUGCUCCAUUGAGUGGUAUUGAUGUUGACAUUUAUUGUGAAGAACAAGCCGUAGAAGGCAUAUUUGAGGAAGUGUUACCCUUACAAGAUCCACGUGUUAUCGCUUUUAUUGAUUGUUGUGUCAAUGCAUUGUUGAUUGCAACUGAUAAUCGUGGUAGACUUGGUGUCUUUGAAGAUGGCUGGACUGAUGCAGAAAAUAUUAUAGAGGAUGAAUCUGAGUUGCAAGUGAGAUCAGAUUUCCCAGAGACAUGGAUUUUUGCAGAUGAGUUUCUAGAUGAUAAUGGACAGAUGAUAUUGCCCGUGACUGUACCAAGUAGUUUGACUCAGUGGAUUGUACAGGCAGUUGGUGUGAGCCGUGAUACAGGCAUGUGUGUUGCAGAGCCAUUUGAGUUGUUAGCAUUCAAGGAAUUUUUUAUUCAACUGAGUUUACCCUAUUCUGUUAUAAAGGGGGAACAGAUUGAAAUAAGAGCAGCUGUCUUCAACUAUGGUGAACAUGAUCUUAUUGUACGUGCAUAUUUGUAUGGAGUAGAUGACAUCUGUUCUGAGGCCAAACCAGGAGAAAGGAGUGAGAGAAAAGAAUUUAUUGUGAAAGCAAAGGAAGCAACGUCUAUUACAUUCCCUGUUAUUCCAAUGAGUGUUGGUGAAUUUCCAAUAAGAAUCAGUGCUUUCAGUCCAGCUGGUGGUGACAUUGUGGAAAAAAUACUGAAAGUUGAGCCUGCUGGUGUUGAACGCUCCUUUGUGCAUUCAGUGUUCCUUGAUCCUUCUGGGUUGAUGCGAAAUGAAGUACAAGAAGUCAAUAAUGGAGAAAACAAUCAUAAUCACCAUGAUUUUGCAAGCAAUGAUUACGUAGACAUCCAGAAUCAGAAUCAGCACAAUGUACUUGAUCUUAGGAUGCCUCCUGAUGUUGUGCCUGGCUCUGCGGAGUGCCGUGUUAAUAUAGUUGGUAAUCUAAUGGGUCCUACAGUUAGUGCUGUAAUUGGUGACAAUUUACAAGGCUUAUUAAGACAACCAACCGGUUGUGGAGAACAAACAUUGAUUUACACAGCACCAAGCAUAUAUGUUUUAUUGUAUCUGACAGCAACAGAUAAAGUCACUCCAGAUAUUGAGAAAAAAGCACAUGACUACAUAAGAGCUGGUUAUGCUCGUGAGCUCACUUAUUAUAAGAAUAAUCCGGGAUGCUUUUCAGUGUGGACCCAUAAACCCUGCAGCACAUGGUUGACAGCAUUUGCAAUGAAGAUUUUCUGCCAAGCAAGUGAAUUUGUAGUAGUUGAUCCAAAAGUUAUUUGUGGAGCAACCAAUUGGCUGUUAACGAUGCAAAAUGAUGAUGGAUCUAUCAGAGAAAAUUUUUUGGUGUACCACAAAGAAAUGACUGGUGGAGUGCAUGCUGAUGCUACCUUUACAGCCUAUGUUUUGAUUUCUUUGUUAGAAUGUGAUUGCAACACUGCGGAGAUGAGCACAGCAAUUUUGAACUCAGUUUUAUAUCUAGAGAGAGCAAUUGAUGUUGCUGACAGACCAUAUGCUGUAGCUAUAAUAACAUAUGCAUUGGCAUUGGCUAACAGUGAGAAAAAACAUGAAGCAAAUGAAAAAUUAAGGGCAAUGUCUACAUAUGAUGAAGCAACCAAUUCCCGACACUGGACAACAGAUGCAGCUAGUUUUGGUGAUGGAAAUAAGCCGUACUGGUAUACUCGCAAUCCAUCAGCAAUUGGGGUUGAAACAACUGGGUAUGCUUUACUGGCGCAAGUGGAGCUUGGCGAUAUUACGUAUAGCAAUGCUAUUGUUGUUUGGUUGACAUCGCAAAGAAAUGCACAAGGAGGAUUUGUUUCUACACAAGACACAGUUAUUGCAUUGCAAGCCCUGGUUUCAUAUGCAUCCGAGGCUGGAAGAUCUUCAGAUUUAGACAUGGAAUGUGAAGUAACAUCAGAAGCUGAUCCAGGCUACCGUGAAGUUAUCUUGUUAAAUGAUGAAGGCGCUACAAUGCAGCACAUUAGAGAGGCACCUACUGAUGGCAAACUGUACGUUGACACUACUGGGUCAGGCAUUGGCAAUCUUCAAGUUGAAGUCAGGUAUAACUCCCAAGCCACCUAUGCAGAAACAUGUUCAUUCAACAUUACUGUAAUAGCAGCAGAACCACGUCUGGGUCGCAUUGAUGAAGUACCAGUAGAACAUGAAAAUGAAAGGAUUGAUCUGGAUGUAAUAGAUAGAUCAAGAGUUGGUAGGGAUGUUGAUAGAGUGCAAAGAGCUGCAGCACGUCAAGAUAAUAGCGAUUACAUCAUUCAUAUGACAGUUUCUGUCAGAUUCAAAAAACCUGGAGGUACAGGAAUGGCAAUUGUUGAUGUAGGACUAUUCUCAGGAUUUGAACCAAUCAAAAAAGGGUUGGAAAAGUUGACAAAUGAUGUAGUUUCUCCAGUCCAGAGAUAUGAAGUCAAUAAAAGGUCCAUUAUAUUUUACGUUGAUGAGAUAACAGAUCAGAAUAAUGUUGUUAUAGAAUUUGAUAUCAAGAGGGUAUAUAAUGUGGGCCAAAUUCAGCCUGUUGCCAUCAAAGUGUAUGACUAUUAUUCACCAGAUACUCAAUGCACCAAGUUCUAUCAUGCUGGUGAAGGAAGCGCAUUGCUAAAUACUCUCUGUGUUGGUGACCUUUGUGUGUGUGCUGAAGGGAAAUGUGCAAAAUGCUUGGAUGAACCUGGUGUUAAGUUGGAGAAGAAAAAUGAAUUAGUAAUAAAGGCUUGUCGUGACAUGGACUAUGCAUUUAAAGUACUUGUAGUGGAUGUGAAGUCUGAAAAUGGGUUUGAUUUGAUAACUGCUGUCAUUGAGGUCCUUGCUAAACGAGGUACGUAUCAUUUGGUCACAUUCUCACCAGAUUUUCUGUAA